UGAGUGAGUGAGAGUGAGUAGGACGGUCGCAACAACUGGGACAGUCGACACUGCAGCUCACAGUAACCACACCAAUCAUCGCUGUUGAAAGUUUCAGAGCAUUUAGAAAAGCCCGCGACGAGUGAAGUCCAUGAUAACCUUCUUACAGCGCUUUAUGAAAACCUGGAACUCCUACAACCAGGACUUGCUGAUUUCGAGCCAUUCAGAAAAGCAUGACUGAAACACCCAAACCGCUGAUGGGCAAUGAGCUCGCGCAAGAGAACAGUCAAUCUGGGGAAGUCAGAGGGAGCUCAGGAGAGCAAGAGACAAAAGGCAUGACCCAAGCAGCCAAACAACCGAUGGGAAAAGCAACUGAUGGGAAGAACCCAGAAGAGCAAGAGGCUCUGGAAGUCACUGGCCCGUCCACAGCAGCACCUCAGUCUACUGAAUCUUUGUAUUAUACUAGUUACAAACAGAGGAGUGACGAGUUUCGCAAGUUAUUCAAAGAGGUGCCGGAGCCUGAGAAAUUGGUUGUAGACUACACCUGUGCGCUCCAGAAAGAUAUCCUGUUACAGGGACGCAUCUACUUCACAGAGAACUGCUUAUGUUUCUACAGUCAUGUGUUUCGUGGAACAAAAAUCAUGGUAAAUAUGAAGGAUAUCGUCUCAGUGUCCAAAGAGAAGACCGCAAAAUGGAUACCAAAUGCCAUCCAGAUCAGUACUAAUUCAGAAAAGCUGUUCUUUAGCUCCUUCUCAACAAGAGAGAAAAGUUACCAGAGUAUAUUUCGCCUUUGGCAGAAUGUUCUGAUGGAAAAGAAAUGGACUAAGUUGGAGCUGUUGCAGAUGGUUAGGCAACAUUAUGGCAACGACUUAGGAUUGAGUCAUGAUGAGAUGGAAAGUUUUCAAACAUCAGUAGAUACGAUCACGCCUACUCUUCCCAGUCUGAAUAUGCGUGGAGAGGAUUACACCGGGAGGCCAGAAAGGCCAACAUCACUUCGUCUUCCCCAAGGAGAGCUGAGUUCAUAUGAGGCCACCACACCACUAGGAGACGACACGCAGUCUUCAGUGGGUCUGCACAGCAUGCUCUCAGCUAAUGGAGGGGACGAUUCUCUCAGCACCCCGUCCCAUCAGCUCAGUCCAAAUCUGUCAUUAAACCGCUCUGGGUCUGAACGGGUGUCAAAACGCUCCUCAUUCUCUCUGGAUCUGAAUGCCAAUGAAGACCAGCUCUCGGACAACAGCAGAUCUGACAGUCUGGAAGAGGUGGAAGAACGUGAAACCACUUCUCCGGUGUCUCAGGGAAGGCUGUUUGUGAACCGGGUCUUUCACAUCAGCGCUGAGAAGAUGUUUAACUUGCUUUUCUCCGAUUCUAGUUUCACAAGAAGGUUUAUGGAUAUCAGGAAGAUCACAGGUAUAACCUCUACCCCUUGGAAAAGGGAGGCCUCUGGCGGUAUGAUACGAACUUUGAACUACACCAUCACCAUUAACAACCCUCUAGUUGGCAAGUUCUCCACUGCUACAGAGAACCAGACAUUAUAUAAAGAGUCAAGGGAGGGUCAGUACUACAUGAUAGAUUCAGAGGUCUACACCCAUGAUGUUCCUUAUCAUGACUACUUCUACACUCAGAAUCGCUACUGUAUCAUUCGUAACUCCAAGCACAAGUGUAGACUCAGGAUUUACACUGAUGUCAAAUACAAAAAGCAGCCUUGGGGUCUUGUUAAAUCCUUUAUCACCAAAAACUCCUGGAGUGGCCUAGAAGACUACUUCAGACACCUUGAGGCAGAACUGCUAGAUGAAGAAGCAGAGUUGACUCAAGGAAGUGGAGAUGCUGGGAAGACGGGUGCUUUGCGCAGGAGAAGAAGAACGUACAGUCGCACCUUGCAGGAACACAUGAAGCCGGCAAAAGCACAGUACAGCACAGACUCAGAACAGCAGAGGACUGGAACCAUGGGUCCUAUGGACAUCAAGAACACACCACACAGAUGGAACAUCACUUCAAUUGUGUUUGGAAUGAGCUUAAUACUUUUUGUUCUGGUGGUUCUGAAUUUGGGCCUCUUCUUCAAGCUUUGGGCUAUGGAAGAUGUUGCUCACCGUAUGUAUCUCAACACUAAGCACAGAAUGAAGGAGAGGGUAGAGUCCAGUUUGCCACCUGACCUAGGGCCCAGACACGGUAUGCCUCACAGAAGUCAAGAGGAAGUACAUUUACUGAGGGCAGUGCUGCAGGACUCCAUUAACCUUCUUGAACAGCUCCGCAGUUCUCUACUAGUGCUUCAGCAGAACUUUCAGGUCUAUAACAGAACUUCCUCUCCACUGUAAAUGGCUUUGAGUUUGGUGACCCGACAGCACAAGGGGAUUCGUCCCAUAAGACAUGCCCGCUUCUGAAGACUGUUGCCAUAGGGGCACUGCCACCCCAGGGCAGAAUCGUAGCUCUUAGGCCGGGUUUGUUGCCGUUGGACAUCAUUUUUAUUUUGAAGCUUGAUUUAGUCCCAGGGGAGAUCUUCACAUUUAAAGACUGAAGAUAGAAGAGAAUUCGUAAACUUGAAGUUGAAGGAGAAAAAUGGCUUUUUUUUCUCGUUCUUCACAGUUGAUGUUGCUGAAGUGAAAGCAACAGUGAUGUAGCAGGUUGAGAAACACAAUCUCUGGGAUGCUGAACUACACACAAGCCUUAUAAAACAAAAGAAACUAAAAAAGUCUUGGAUUUGUAAUGGAUUUUGUGCGGCUGCGGAGGGUCUCUGAUGAUGGAGCUGGCAAUGCAGGCCCAUUGCCUUUGGUCUGCCUAACAUUUGCUCUUGUGGUCUUUUUUUGAUUUAGAGCGUUGUUGUCUUAAGGAUACAUCUGAGAAUUUAUUAAAGCAGGGAUCAACACUGACAGAUGAUUGUGAAAUUGUAUAUUUGUAGAUUUUUUUGAUGCACAUCAGGUUUUUAAUAUUGUGUAAAGGUACAGAUUAAUGUGGAGAAGAUAAAGAACUGCAGGUUUAAUAUGCAUUGAGUGGUGAUGUUUUAUGUACUUAGAAAUUGUUUACACCUUUUGGUUGUUGAGCUUUUAGGGACUGUAUUGUGACUACUGUGAAAUAAACUUGUGAAUUCUGUACAAUGGGCAAAGUAAAAGAGUUAAUUUAUUAAAAGGCUAAUUUUCAAGCAUUCAGUACUUUCACUUUAACGUAUACGAGGUGAUUUUGUGUGUGUGUGUGUGUGUGUGUGUGUGUGUGUGUGUGUGUGUGUGUGUGUGUGUGUGUGUGUGUGUGCGUGUGUGUGUGUGUGUGUAUGUGUGUGUGUGUGUGUAUAUAUAUAUGCUUUUUGUUUUGGAUUAUUGGACAAUUUUCAUCUUAAUUUUAAAAAAAAGUUCUCCUGAAACUAUUUCUAAAUAAAAAUCUCAUCACAUUACA